AUUACUUUUGUCAAGAUGGUCGCAAUUUCCAGCAAAUUCGACAAUUCGACAAUUCCAGCAAAUUCGACAUCUCUCGUUUUCGCCACUUUUAGCAAGUUGGUCACCAUAAUGUUAUCCGUGGUUGGAGUGGUGGUUCUAUUUCCGGUGGCAGUUGGACCCCUCGUGCUGGUCCUCCUGUACCGGCGUCUCCUGCAAAGCGUCGGACCCUGGGUGAGACCACAGUUGACCAAAAUGGUGACGGCACGAGGCGCGAUAUUUUCCGGGGAUGCGGUUUACUGCAGGGAAAGGCCGACCAUCAACAUCGUUUUGGAAAGCGAAUUAGACGAACGGAUGGAGAUUGGUCGUCUCCGCAAGAUUUUCGAGGAGCGGAUAAUCUCCGUCAGAAAGGGGGACGACGACGACGCCAAGGAAUUCAAGUAUCCAGAAUUCCAACAGUUUAUCCGACCUUGGGGAGGAUACCAUUGGUGGGAGUGGGACUCAAGUUUCGAUCUCAGUCAACAUGUCAAAUAUCACCGCAUCCAAGUCGCCUCAGAAUCCUUGAGGGACGAAGCCCUCUCCAAAUUCCACGAGCAACUCCUACAGAGCGGAUGGCCUAAAAAUAAACCAGUUUGGGAGAUGUGGUUGGUGGAUGUAGAUGUCGAAAAAGGGGACAAUUUUACCUCGAGGUCGACCUUAUUCACAAAAUUGCAUCACUCCCUCGCCGAUGGGUUCUCGCUCGUCUCCGUCUUCAGUAACUUGUCCUCAAAAAAUUAUACUUCCGGAAAUAAACCAUCACAGCGAAAACAACGCCCCCUUAACCGCCCCCUCUGGAAAUCAAUCCUCUUCCUGACCACGUUUCCCCUUCGUGCCGUUUACGAAGGGAGCGCCACGUUACUUCAGCGCGUCUUCCAACCACCCCCAUUUCUCGCCCCCCUUUUCCCAUCGACAAAUCGGAUGCACACCGCGUGCACGAAACCCAUUCCACUCGAGACCAUUAAAGAUAUCAAGAACCACUUUGGGGUCACUUUCACCUCUACGAUUCACUCCGUUCUGGCUGGAGCGCUGAGAGAUUUGAUGAUUUUUAAGGGAAAUCCGGUCAUAAUUCCGACGAAUUUUCCGACUUUGGUCCCCACCCCGCUGGCUGGUCAUCCGGAACAUGUUCUGCGAAAUUAUUUAGGUGGAGCUCUUCUCAAUUUGCAAACGGGGGAGGCCGACCCCAUCAAACGGCUGGGGGCGAGUGCCCAGGAAUACGAGCAGAUGAAUCGGUCAACCUUUCCCCUCUUGGGAAUGAUCGGGCUCAAGGUGGCUGGCUGUCUGCCGGCCUGGUGGGUGUGGCUCGUCGGUAGGAAUUGGUUAACGUCCUCCUAUUUUACCAACUUUCCGUCGGGGAAAGCCCUCGAUUUGGAUGGAGUGAGUGUUAUCGGGGUGAAAACGGGGAUGGGCGUGUUUGCGGGACAAACUGGCCUCGGAGUUACUGCCGUUAGCUAUUUAAACGAUAUAACCAUCUCGAUCACUGGACAUGGAUCGGUUUUUAGUGAGACCGACGUGAAAAAAUUGGUUACCUAUUUAGAACAACAAAUUACAUUUUUGCAAGCACAAAUUAGCCCGGUAUGAAAAUAAAUGUGUAAAUAAA